AUGGUAGACAGACUUGGUAGGUUUAAACACUAUAUUCGCCAUUUUAAUUUCCAAUCAUCCACCCACAUGUAUUUCCAAUCGUUUCUAGUUUUUGUGGACAAACUGUUUUUAGCAACUAAAGAGGCUGACGGCCUCUUUUCCCUAUGCGCCACUUUGUUUUAUUCUUACAAUGCUUCAGUAAACAGUGAGGUCAACGCUCGUCGAGUGGCAAAUGUGGAGCAGUGUUUUGGAAAAAUGGCUAGGCCGCUCAGUUUGUUCGGUCGUGUAUUGGUCGGUGAGGGUGUGUUGGUGAAAAUGUGCAGGAAGAAGCCGAAGAGACGAAUGAAAAAUGGCUGGAUCGUGAAAACACCGGAGAAAUCAUUUGCGGUUUAUGCUGCAUCGCCGAAAGAGAAAAAGGAGUGGAUGAUUCAUAUAGAACGUUGUGUUGCAGAUUUGUUAGAGAAAGGUUGUAUUGUUAUGGAUAUGUGUGCUUUUGAAUUCUUUUUCAUCAUUGCAUCGACAGGAAAUAAACGCCCUGCGAAAGAGCAUGCAGCAGUAUGGAUUCCUGAUGGAGAGGCUGCCCGUUGCAUGGCCUGUGGUCGCACUCAAUUCAACCUUGUUCAGAGAAGACACCACUGUCGCGCCUGUGGUCGCGUAAUUUGUGGCUCUUGUUCAACACAUUCGUAUAGGAUUGACAACCUGAAUAAGAAACCAGUUCGCGUUUGCGACAUGGUAAUCGUGUCAUCUGUAUUAAAGUUGAUCAAGACGGAAAAACAUCUUUAG